AUGAGUUCUAGGACAAUUAGGAAGCUUGAGAAUAAAAAUAUUGAGGACGAGCUUGCUGAGAUUAACAGUAGACUGCUUGAAAAGAGCAAAGGCCAAAAGAACGGCAAGAAAAAGGUAAAGCAGAGAGUUGCACGGAACAAUUUUGCGGUGUUUUUAGAUGAGGAAGAAAAAGAAAAAGAAGAGGAAGGAGUGGAUAGUGAUACUGAAAAAGGCAUCAACAAGAUAAACGAUAAUACGAAAAUUAAUGAAUCUGAGGAGAGAAGUGCAGAAGAUGGCAAGGAUACAGAGGAAGAAGAUGAGAAAUUUGUAGAUGCAAAGGAGAGAAUAAAGGGCAACAAAAAGAAGAAUAAGAGAAAGAAAAAGAAGACAUCAAAGGCGAAAACAAUCGACCAGAUCGACGAAGAUGAACUUGAAAAGUUGCUAUCGCAAGUUGAGCUAGAAGAUGUGAAGAGUGGAAGAAGACCGAAAAAGGAGGAUGAGAGUGAAAAUGUUGUUCUAGAGCCAUCGGGCAUACUCACAUUAGACUGCAGACUAUUCACAGCAGCGAUGUUUAGGCGGUGCAGACGAUUUGUUUCACCAGAUAAGAGAUAUAUGGACCCAGACAGAGAGUAUCAGGGACUAUUCGGCAAGCUUUCGAACGCUGCGAUCAAGGACGCCGACUCCACAGCAUCUUCAUUUGUUACACCCGAAGUUUUGAAGCAGAUCAAGCGGAUGAGCCGCCGGGUUCGUGGAUGGGGAGGCUCGGAUCAUCGUAGUGUUCCUGGUAGAACACGAAAAUUAACACUGACGAAGAUUAGAGAUGACUGGAUUCCUACAAACAGAAAACCUUUGGUGAUGGAGGAGAUGAAGGAGGGUGAGCUGAAGGCACUUAUCAGAAGCAAGCAUCCGGAUGAUUGGGACGACGCAGUGGACUCGCAAAUAAAGGCAGAUACAGAUGCUGGAAUCAAGUAUUUCCGCAUGACCGAAGGCCCACUCUACUCUAGAGCACUAACUACUGAAUUUUUCAUUUCAAUAGCCAUAGAGCCAGAUCACGAGAGCGUUAUACAGCUUUUACAGAAGGCACCAUACCAUCUAGAGAGUAUUUUGCAGGUCGCAUCCAUACUUCAGAGGCAGGGUGACAAGUCAAACACCAACGGUUUGAUUGAAAGAGCACUUUUCAUCUUUGACUGGUCCUUGAAGAACACUUUCGACAUAGGCAGCGGCUGCUGUCGGUUACCGUUCGAGUUCUACCUCAACAGGCAGAUCUACCUCUCUGUUUUCCGCUACAUUACCGUGCUCACUAGGAAAUCAACACUUUAUACAGCCUUCAAUUACUGCAAACUGCUCUUUUCGUUCGACCCGGCAAACGAUCCAUACGGAGUGCGAUACUUCAUCGAUUAUUAUGCAUUUGUCUCAGACGAGUUCCAGUAUAUAAUCGAUUUGUUCAACAGCCCGCUAAUCCAGUGCUACGAGGAGUGGAUCACUCCUUCAAUGUGUUACACAGCCUCCUUCUGCCAUUGGAAACUUGGACACAUAGACGAGGCCAAGGAGCAACUCAGGAUGGCAGUAAAGAGGCAUCCAUACACCGGAUAUGCCAUUCUCUCGAAGCUUUUAGGUGCUUCUUCUCUGUCUUCCUCGUAUGAGUGGCCGACUGAGAAAGAGGUGUCAAAAACAGUGGAAAUUGCAACUGCCGUUUAUACUGUGAGGGUCGGACAGAUGCUUGGCGAUGUUCAGCUGAAAAACUUUAUUACUGAAGAGUUAAAGUUGCUUCUUUUUGCAAAGAAUGCCAAAGACAUCCUGCAAGAUGAUGACAAGUAUUACCUAAAUACAUUGAAGGAGAUUCCACACAACUUGUUGAGACAUGUGAUACUCUCAGACGAGACAUCUGCAAUGGCGAAGAUCCCUGAAUCUUUCUGGAGUACUCACGAGGUGUAUGAGUUUGACAUUCUUCCACCAGAUCAUGGCACCAAGAUUUACGACUAUCUAGACCAAAAUAGGGCUGCUGAAGCUGUCAUAAACAGAAGCGCACAAGAGGUGGAUAGCCAGCAAAUUCAGCAGUUAAUCGAUCAGGCACACGAGGCACAGCAAACCAGAAAUAAUCAGCAAUGA